CGCGGCAAAAAUUGACUUCUGCGACGCAGAGCAGAUUUCCGAGUCGUUGUACCCCUGAAUCUGUCUGGCGUGCAGUUCGGAGGGGCCAGCGUGGUACCUUUCUGUUCAGGUAUCGCCCCGGGCAGCCUCCCACUUUUCUGGGGCUUCCGUGCGCACCGGCCUCUGUUAGUGCGCCUCCAAGAUGGCGACGCUGUUGGCGGUAAAUUCGGCUGCUAGUCUGUGGGGCCCUUACAAAGACAUUUGGCAGACAGUGGGGAAUGCUCUCUGGAGAAGACAGCCUGAAGCCGUCCACCUUCUCGACAUGAUUUUGAAGAAACACAAACCUGACUUCAUCUCCUUGUUCAGAAACCCACCAAAGAAUGUCCAACAACACGAGAAGGUUCAGAAAGCCAGCACGGAGGGAGUGGCCAUCCAGGGUCAGCAGGGAACCCGGCUGCUUCCCGAGCAGCUCAUUAAAGAGGCCUUCAUCCUCAGCGACCUCUUUGACAUUGGAGAACUAGCAGCUGUUGAGCUUCUCCUCGCUGGAGAGCACCAGCAGCCACACUUUCCUGGCCUCACCAGAGGACUAGUAGCUGUCCUUUUAUACUGGGAUGGAAAGCGAUGCAUUGCAAAUUCCCUGAAAGCCUUGAUACAGUCUAGACGAGGGAAGACGUGGACCCUCGAACUCAGUCCAGAACUGGUUUCCAUGACAACGCGCUUUACAGAUGAGCUGAUGGAGCAAGGGUUGACCUACAAAAUCCUUACUCUGGUGUCACAGAUUGAUGUGAACAAUGAGUUUGAGAAACUGCAGCGCGAGAGAGGUUUGGGCAGUGAAAAACACCGCAAAGAGGUUUCUGAUCUCAUCAAGGAGUGCAGGCAGUCUCUGGCAGAAAGCCUUUUCGCCUGGGCUUGCCAGUCACCUUUAGGCAAAGAUGACACCCUGCUCCUUAUCGGACACUUGGAAAGAGUGACAGUGGAGGCGAAUGGCUCCUUGGAUUCAGUGAAUCUGGCUCUUCUGAUGGCGCUGCUGUACUGCUUCGACACCAGCUUCGUAGAGCAGAACAUAGAGGAACGCGACGACAUGAUGCAGCAGCUCCCACUGCUGACAGAGCGGCAGUACAUCGCCACCAUUCACUCUCGCCUCCAGGACUCACAGCCUUGGAAGCUGCCGGGGCUGCAGGCCACCGUCAGACUGGCCUGGGCCCUGGCGCUGCGGGGAGUGUCUCAGUUACCUGACGUGACAGCUCUCGCUGAAUUCACGGAAGCAGAUGAAGCCAUGGCAGAGCUCGCGAUUGCUGACAACGUCUUCCUCUUCCUCACCGAAUCCGUCGUGGUGUCGGAAAACUUCUAUCAGGAGGAGUUCUAUAUUCGUAGAAUCCACAACCUCAUCACAGAUUUCCUUGCACUUAUGCCAAUGAAGGUGAAGCAGUUGAGGAACCGGGCCGAUGAAGAUGCUCGAAUGAUUCACAUGAGUAUGCAGAUGGGUAAUGAACCUCCCAUUUCGCUUAGGAGGGAUCUGGAACACCUAAUGCUCUUGAUUGGGGAGCUGUAUAAGAAGAACCCUUUCAACCUGGAGCUCGCCCUAGAAUACUGGUGUCCCUCGGAGCCUCUGCAGACGACCACUCUCCUGGGCUCCUACCUCGGUGUGGCUCACCAGCGACCUCCUCAGCGCCAGGUUGUUUUGUCAAAGUUUGUUAGGCAAAUGGGUGACCUGUUGCCUCCAACCAUCUAUAUUCCCUACCUGAAGAUGCUCCGGGGCCUGGCCAGCGGGCCCCAGUGCGCCCACUACUGCUUCAGCCUGCUCAAGGUCAAUGGCAGCGGUCACGUUGAAAAUAUUCAGGGAGCAGGGGGCAGUCCUGUUUCCUGGGAGCAUUUUUUUCACUCCUUAAUGCUUUACCAUGAGCACCUCCGGAAGGAUCUCCCAAGUGCAGACAGCGUCCAGUACCGUCACCUUCCUUUGCGUGGCAUCACCCAGAAGGAGCAGGACGGACUGAUCGCUUUUCUGCAGCUCACGUCCACCAUCAUUACUUGGAGUGAAAACGCCCGCCUGGCCCUCUGCGAGCACCCGCAGUGGACCCCCGUGGUGGUGAUCCUGGGGCUCCUGCAGUGCAGCAUUCCCCCGGUGCUGAAGGCCGAACUGCUGCGGACACUGGCUGCCUUUGGCAAAUCGCCCGAAAUCGCUGCUCUCCUCUGGCAGUCGUUGGAAUACACUCAGAUACUGCAGACCGUAAGGGUUCCAAGCCAGAGGCACGCUAUCGGUAUAGAGGUUGAGCUAAAUGAAAUAGAAUCCCGGUGUGAAGAAUACCCAUUGACACGGGCCUUCUGCCAGCUUAUUAGUACCCUGGUGGAGAGCUCAUUUCCUUCUAAUUUGGGUGCUGGACUGCGGCCCCCUGGCUUUGACCCGUAUUUGCAGUUCCUUAGAGAUUCUGUGUUUCUCCGAUUCCGCACAAGAGCUUACCGGAGACCAGCUGAAAAGUGGGAAGUGGCUGAAGUUGUUUUGGAGGUGUUUUAUAAAUUGCUCAGAGAUUACGAGCCUCAGCUUGAAGAUUUUGUAGACCAGUUUGUGGAGCUGCAAGGAGAAGAAAUCAUGGCCUAUAAGCCACCAGGCUUUAGCCUGAUGUACCACCUUCUGAACGAGUCACCGAUGCUGGAGCUUGCUCUGAGUCUGCUGGAAGAAGGCGUGAAGCAGCUUGACACCUAUGCCCCUUUCCCUGGGAAGAAACACCUGGAGAAAGCAGUGCAGCACUGCCUUGCACUUCUCAAUCUUACCCUGCAGAAGGAAAACCUCUUCAUGGAUCUUCUGAGGGAGAGUCAGCUGGCUCUGAUAGUCUCUCCUCUAGAACAGCUUUUGCAGGGAAUCAAUCCCAGAACCAAGAAGGCCGAUAAUGUGGUGAAUAUCGCCAGGUACCUGUAUCACGGCAAUACUAAUCCAGAAUUGGCUUUUGAAAGUGCCAAGAUCCUCUGCUGUAUCUCUUGCAACACCAAUAUUCAGAUAAAAUUGGUUGGAGAUUUCACUCAUGACCAGAGUAUAAGUCAGAAGCUGAUGGCUGGAUUUGUGGAGUGUUUGGAUAGUGAAGAUACAGAAGAAUUUAUACGUCUAGAAGAGGGCUCAGAACUUGAAAAGAAGCUAGCUGGAAUCCGUCACGAAACAAGAAUCCACAUCCUGAACCUUCUCAUCACCUCUCUGGAGCGCAACCCACCCAGCCUCGCUCUCUACCUGCUGGGCUUCGAACUGAAGAAGCCCGUCAGCACCACAAACCUGCAAGACCCAGGAGUGUUAGGUUGCCCUCGGACGUGCCUUCACGCCAUCCUGAACAUCCUGGAGAAGGGGACCGAAGGGAGGACGGGCCCGGUGGCCGUGAGAGAGUCUCCUCAACUCGCUGAGCUGUGUUACCAGGUGAUCUAUCAGUUAUGCGCCUGCUCCGACACGUCCGGCCCUACUCUGCGGUACUUGAGAACCAGCCAGGACUUCCUAUUUUCUCAGUUGCAACAUUUACCUUUUUCUAACAAAGAAUACGAAAUAUCUAUUUUGAACCAAAUGUCGUGGCUGAUGAAGACUGCCUCAAUAGAGCUAAGGGUGACUUCUCUGAAUCGCCAGCGGUCGCACACCCAGAGGCUCCUGCACCUCCUGCUGGACGACAUGCCCGUGAAGCCGUACUCAGAUGGCGAAGGAGGAGUAGAAGAUGAAAACCGGUCUGUCUCUGGGUUCCUUCACUUUGACACUGCUACCAAAGUACGUCGGAAAAUUUUAAGUAUUCUCGACUCGAUUGACUUCAGUCAGGAGAUCCCCGAGCCUUUGCAGUUGGACUUCUUUGAUCGGGUCCAGAUUGAACAAGUUAUAGCGAACUGUGAGCAUAAGAACCUGCGGGGACAGACGGUCUGCAACGUCAAGCUUCUUCACAGGGUUCUUGUAGCUGAAGUGAAUGCCCUCCAGGGCAUGGCGGCCAUCGGACAGAGGCCUCUGCUGAUGGAGGAGAUCAGCACCAUCCUCCAGUACGUGGUGGCGAGGAACAAGUUGUUGCAGUGUCUCCACGCAAAGCGGCACGUGCUGGAGUCGUGGAGGCAGCUGGUGGAGAUUAUCCUGACAGCUUGUCCCCAGGACCUCAUUCAGACGGAGGACCGGCAGCUGAUUAUUCGUGAUAUUUUACAAGAUGUGCAUGAUAAGAUACUGGAUGACGAGGCAGCACAGGAGCUGAUGCCCGUGGUGGCAGGUGCUGUGUUCACCCUGACCGCCCACCUGAGCCAGGCCGUCCGCACGGAGCAGAAGCAGCCGUUAGCCUCGGGGCUCGGAGAGGCCCACUACGCUUUUAUGCUUGAGGGCUCCAUCACCUCCCCUGCGCCCGCAGAGAACCCAGUGGUGGGUUUCGCUUCUAUUGGAGAUUCUUCGCUUCACAUCAUAUUGAAGAAACUCUUAGACUUCAUUUUGAAGACAGGUGGCGGAUUCCAGCGAGUGAGGACACACCUGUAUGGCUCUCUACUCUAUUACCUGCAGAUCGCCCAGAGACCGGAUGAACCCGACACCUUGGAAGCAGCCAAAAAAACCAUGUGGGAAAGGUUGACAGCCCCUGAAGAUGUGUUUAGUAAGUUACAGAGAGAAAACAUCGCCAUCAUCGAGAGCUACGGGGCCGCCCUCAUGGAAGUGGUCUGUCGGGACGCGUGCGAUGGCCACGAGAUUGGAAGGAUGCUGGCGCUGGCUCUACUCGAUCGGAUCGUCGCCGUGGACAAGCAGCAGCAGUGGCUCCUGUACCUGUCCAACAGUGGCUAUUUGAAGGUUCUGGUGGACAGCUUGGUAGAGGAUGACCAUACUUUGCAGAGCUUACUCACGCCGCAACCACCGCUUUUAAAAGCCCUUUAUACUUACGAAUCUAAGAUGGCGUUUCUCACCAGAGUGGCUAAGAUACAGCAGGGCGCUUUAGAGCUGCUGAGGUCGGGGGUGAUCGUGAGGCUGGCACAGUGCCAGGUCUAUGACAUGCGCCCGGAAAUGGACCCGCAGGGCGUGUUCGGCAUGAGGGACCCCCCAGUGUUCAUCCCGACCCCGGCGGACCGGUACCGUCAGAUUCUCCUCCCAGCUCUCCGCCUGUGCCAGGUCAUCCUCACGUCCAGCAUGGCCCAGCACCUGCAGGCAGCAGGGCAGGUGCUGCAGUUUCUCAUCGCGCAUUCGGACACCACGCAGGCCGUGCUGCGCUGCCAGGACCCCAGCGCCGGCUCCCUGCAGGAGCUGGCCCUGCUCACCGGGGUGAUAAGCAAGGCGGCGCUUCCCGGUAUAUUGAGUGAACUGGAUAUUGACGUCAAUGAAGGGUCUCUAAUGGAGCUACAGGGACACAUUGGAAGAUUCCAGCGCCAGUGCUUGGGACUGCUGAGUCGCUUCGGUGGCUCCGACAGACUCCGGCAGUUCAAGUUCCAGGAUGAUCACGUGGAGGGAGACAGAGUGAGCAAGAAAGAUGAGAUCGAACUGGCGAUGCAGCAGAUCUGUGCCAACGUCAUGGAGUAUUGCCAGUCACUCAUGCUGCAGAGCUCCCCCGCCUUCCAGCAGGCCGUGUGCCUCUUCACGCCCAGCCUUUCGGAAACCGUGAACAGAGAGGGGCCCCGGCCAGAUACCCAAGCUCCAGUGGUUCCAUACUGGCGGCUGCCUGGUUUGGGCAUCAUUGUCUACCUGCUGAAACAGAGCGCCAGCGACUUCUUCAGCUAUUACGACAGCCACCGACGGAGUGUGAACAAGCUGCAGAACGUCGAGCAGCUUCCGCCAGACGAGAUAAAAGAGUUGUGUCAGUCUGUGAUGCCCGCUGGUGUUGAUAAAAUCUCCACUGCCCAGAAAUACGUUCUAGCGAGACGGCGUUUGGUGAAGCUGAUCAACAAUCGAGCCAAACUGCUCUCCCUUUGCUCUUUUAUCAUAGAGACCUGCCUGUUUAUUCUUUGGCGCCAUCUGGAGUACUACCUGUUACAUUGCACGCCCACCGAUUCUCAAGAUUCCUUGUUUGCCUCCAGGACCCUGUUCAAAAGCAGAAGGCUACAAGAUGCCUUCGCUUCGGAAGCCAAUGUGGAUUUUAGAAGCGGACUGACUGUGGUGAGCCAACACGACAUAGACCAGCUUCAGGCUGACGCCAUCAACGCCUUUGGAGAAUCACUACAAAAGAAGCUCCUGGACAUUGAAGGACUGUAUUCAAAAGUUCGUUCUCGCUAUAGUUUUAUACAAGCUCUUGUCAGACGCAUUCGGGGCCUGCUGAGGAUAUCCCGGAACUGAGAGCCCGCGCUUCUGCACCCUCCUGGGGGAGAGAUGAACUGGGGGAACCGUCUCCUUUUUAUACAUUAGUUUGUCUCUAAAUUAUGACCAAAAAAUAUUUUGCUAUUUCUUUCUUUAUAUAUGGACGUCUUUUCUGUAAACUUCCUUGCCCGGUUUUAUCCUCACUAGUAAAAAUAAACACCUUUAAAAAAACAAAACAAAA